AUGCAACAGGGGUUGCAUCUUCAUGUGGGGGGGGAAGGACCAUUCCAUUGGCAUGCAUACAUCCCCUCACCCACCCAUCCCAUCUCCCACACCAGCUACCACAUCCCCAUGUACACAUCCCUCUUUCUUAACAAGCAGGAGGAUGAAGAGGGAAAGAGUAGUGAGUCAGUGACCAAGGGGGAGAUGGAGAAGGGUGACGAGGAAGAGGAGAGUACUGAGGAGGAUGAGAAGGAGAAUGGGGAAAAAGAGGAGGAUAGCAAGGAAGAGGGGGAAUCAGAGGAAGAGGAGGAGAAGGAAGGGGAGGUAGAGGAGGAAAGUAGAGAAGGGGAGGAAGGGGAGAAGACCGGAGAAGAGGAGGAGAGCUUCGAAGAGGGGAAGCGGCAGGAUGAGGGAAUAGAGGAGGAGCAAUUGCUAGAGGAGAUGGGGCAACCUAAGAAGAAGGCAAAGGUGGAAGGAGAGGAAGGAGAGGGGGGGACCCCUAGUAAGAAUCUCGCGUCCGAGGCAACCGUCGACAUUUGGGAUGACGUCAACACGUUGUUCUUCUUGGAGAAGGGAGUGGUUGAUCCGGCAUGGAGCACGGUGGAGAAGAGGAGGGUGAGAGCAAGGGGAAAGAACUUCGAGUGGAGGGAUGGGAGGUUACUCAAGAAGAUCAAAGGGGAGUUGAAGCCGGUACCAAGGAAGGAGGAGAAGAGGGACAUCAUAGCAUUUCUUUUUGGGUUGGGGCACUUGGGGGUGCCGAGGACCACGGACCUGGUCAAGAAGCAGGCCUCAAUCCAUUCUUCCAACAAGAUUUCCCCCUUCUUCUUACAGUAUGGGCGCCACCCAAACAUCACGGGCACCACCAUGUCGGAGUUCGAGAUGCGGGAGUUGUCGGAGUUGUCCACGGAGGAGGAAGUAGAUGCGGUGGCGGGAUAUCUCUACAGGAGAUCUUCAGAGAUGGAGCUGGUGUUAGCACAGGCGGUAGGAAACCACGACAAGGCGCAGGAGAAACAGAAGCUGGACUUUGACUUGAGGAGGACAACGGCCUUACAGAUGGAAAAGUUGGAGAAAGGGGAAUUUGUCCGCAUCAAGCCGAGUAAGAGGGUGGCGUGGGAGGAGCAGGCUAAGAAGUUUAAGAAGUUAUUUAGAGUGAAGGAGGUGGAGCAGUUUGAUGUAGUGGUGGAGGAUAAGGCGGGAGGUUCAUGGAAGGAGUCUCGGGAGAACGUGAAGCUGGUGAAGUUCGUGCUUUAG